UAGGGUAUAAAAAAGGACAGAAGGGGUCAAACUUCACACAUAACAGAAGCAGGCGGAACAGAGAAGUUCUGCACAUCUACCUGAAUAAAAGAGCAUCACAUCUAACUGAGCUAUGUCCAGAAGCCUGUACAUCAUUUUAGUUCUGCUAGAAGCAGUUCUACAUGGAACAGAUUCCGCUGUUAAUCCUAUUAUAGAACUUUCUCCGAGCACCGAAAGUACUACAUUAGAAAGCACAUCGUCCACUGUUACAACCACUGUACCUGAAACUACUGUACCUGAAACUACUGUACCUGAAACUACUGUACCUGAAACUACCCCUGAGUCUACAACACACACAGAUUCUACUUUAGAAUCAACCUCUGUAGACCAAAGUACAGAGACGCCCCAGACCAGCCCCCCUGAUGAAGGCUCCAGUGGCAAAACACAAGACGGUUUAACUCCAGGAGAAGCAGCAGGAGUAGCCGUAGGCACCAUUGCUGGGGUGGCUGUGCUGGGUGGAGGUAUUUAUGCUGGUUUGAAGUUCAGUGGGAAACUGGGCUAAACUCAUGUUUACUCAUGGGUAAACGCAUGUUCCGGUUUGACACCCGGAACAUGCUCAGGCCAGUUGACUAGCUGUUCUCUCCCAGAACAGUGACAGAUUUAUGCAAGUUCUGUGUGAUGAUCUGCAGUUGCCAUGCAGUGAUAGACACCUCUUUAAAUGAAAUAUUGAAAUGUAUAACAAUAGACUUUAGAAAUGAAUUAUAUCUGUAACACAGUGUGACAUAAGUGUAUAUACUGUACAAUUUCUCAGUUUCAAUGUUCAUUAUCCUUUUUUUCCCUUUGUUUACAUUUCAUUCUUGUUCUCCUGAUCGAUGUCAAGCUCAAACAACAGUUUACAACGUGCCACUUUACCCAUCGCUCUGUAAACAUGUACCAGCUGUAGGUGCAUCAUUACAGAAACCACAUAGAUAACACCAGGAAAUAACAGGGUGUGUGUCUGUGUGCCAAGUGUCUAUACGGUCAUUUGUCAUUCGUGUUUAACAACAUAAAAAUGGUGUGAGAGAAGAGUAGAUGCAAAAGCAUCUUUCUAAAUAGAGUGUAAAAUCAUCAACUGCUGUUUGUGCUUUGUUGUUCUGCAGAGACUGUGUUUCUGCUUUGUUGUUAAACAGAUCAUUUGCAAAUUCGUUUUGUAUUCUAUUCUGAUGAAUAAAGACUAGAAUAAACUAGAUUAUAUUAAGAUAUAUUUUAUUUCAAAACAUUAAGGUGAUCUAUGAAAUAUCAAA